AUGAUUGAACCAACGCCGUCCCAAAAAGAGGUGAUCAAUAGCGAAUAUGCUGCGGGAACCACCAUUAAAGUGAUAGCGGGUCCAGGUUCUGGUAAGACUUUAACUCUUAUGCUGAAAGUCAGAGAGCUGAUCACCAGUGGUACUUUGAAGCCUGACGAAGUACUCAUCCUAUCACUGACAAACAAAGCCGUCGACAAUGCCGUUCACAAGCUUUUGGACGUUUUCCAAGAAAAUGAGCCUUGCGAAGUACAGACCUCUACUGCCGAUAUUGUUACCCAAAUUAAUGUUUCAACCAUCCACGGUCUUGCCAAUAGGGUUGUUGUUGAGAACGAGGGGUUGAUCAAUAUCAUUGAAGAAAACGGCUGGAGAGGUCUACUGAAGCUGAUUCCUCCUGAUAUCCUCAAAAACUUUGGUCGCAGUAAAUCGGGCACUGCACUGACCCCUAGAAUGUUUGAACGACUGUUUCGCGAGUACCAAGUGGGAGGCAAAAAUCGGGUUCAAGACUCCACUAUGGAGCGCAUAAUCAGCAUCAUGAGGGGCUCUAAGGUGGUUACAAAUGACGAACUUAUCGUACUUGCUGCAAAAUAUCUUGACCUAGCGCGAAAUUCUUCGAAACCCGAGUCGUCAGCCUCGUUUACUCAGGAUUUACUUGAAAAGUAUAAAGUAGUGGUUGUCGACGAGUUCCAGGAUCUGUUUCCGUCACUUCUGCCAUUCCUCGAAAUUGUUGCUCGCGGCAAACAGCUCAUUCUGUUUGGAGAUCCUCACCAGAGCAUAUACGGAUUUCUGGGAGACAACAAGAUUUUAAUGCAAUCUUUGGAAGAAUCCCGGUCUACUCGGGCACAAGAAACGUACUACUUAUUUGAUAAUUUCCGUAGUACGCCAGAAAUAUCUCAGCUUUCAUCAGCUUUGAUCAAAGAAAAUGACAAGAGCGUCGGGCAGGCAUAUUAUUCGAAACUGCCAAUGAGUCUUCAAUGUCAAGCUAUAAAAGCGGCAGACUCCAUUGAGGAGCUUGAAAUUGUGGUUAGAGAAGUUUGUCGGGUAGUGAGCCAUUCAGCAAGAUUUUCUGAUAUAGCGAUUUUGACCAGGACCAAUGCACAAUUGAACUUCGUUGCUGAAUACCUUGGAUCGUACGGAAUUCCAGUCGAAAAGCUUACCGCACAGCCAGACUGGAUGAGUGACAAAACCGUCAAAUUUUUGUCUGACCUUUUAAAACUGUGCGUGCUUGUGAGUAAAGAACAGGGUGCAUCUGGUGAGGCAAAUCACCUCGCGUACUAUCCUAGCGAUUUUAGUGUAAUCGUCACACUUGGUGCAUCUAAAGGAGUGAGUAAUCAGGCAUUACAGGCACUUUUUGCCGAAGCAAAAGCAUCGAAAGUCUCUCUCUGGGACGUUCUUGCCCAGGGAAGACUCACUUCUGUGUCAACUGCCAACAAGAAUAAAAUUCGCAAUUACGUGAAGCACGUUGUAACACUAAUGGAGCAAUUGGAAUUGGACGCAGAUCCGGAACCAGUGUCUUUGAUUGCCACCCUUGCAGAUACUGCUUCUAAGCUAGGGUUUGUCUCUGAAGGGAUAAAAAGCGCAGAGGCCAUUGAUGCAUCUAAAUGUCACAUCUCAGAGUGGCUUAAGGCACUAAAAGGCUGUAUACAGUUGAAGCCCGAAAACGUACCUUAUACAGAGUGGAUAUUAGAAACGCAGUUUGAUCAAAUUCAAGCUGCCAACCAAUUCUCAGAUUCAAGUCAAGAUCGGGGCAUUGGAUCCGUAAAGCUUUCCACUAUACAUUCUUCAAAGGGCUUGGAGUUUCCUAUUGUUUUCCUGCUAGGAAGCUCCGAUUCGACAUUUCCAAUAGAGAAGAACGCUCUGUAUGUGGGCAUCACUAGAGCGCGGAAUAUUUUGUACCUCAGCAACGUUUCCAACAAAUUGUUACCAGCACAACCUCUAUGCGGUGAAAAUAUACCUUGGAACGCUGGAAUGUGGAAGUAUUAUAGAAAGGACUUGAAAAGGCCUUGCGUGACAAAUUUCGUAACAAGCUCUAACAAUUUCAACUUCUUGUCUAAAAGAUAUGGCCUCGCCUCUCCAGUCAGAUCCAUAAGUACAUUUGCCGUACGUGCGUCACAUUCAUUAAGAUACGUAAUAAGAUAA